GAUUGGCGCACGGGGGCGCUACUACAUGUUAUUCCUCAAGCCUCCGCACGGGGCGCUACUGAAUGUUAUUCUAGAGUCUCCGCAUGGGGGCGCUACUGCAUGUUAUUCCUAAAGCCUCCGCACGGGGUGCUACUGCUUGUUAUUCCUAAAGCCUCCGCACGUGGGUGCUACUGCGUGCGUUCUGCGGAAGUGCGUCGCCGCUCGGAUGCAUCGCGACUGUUCGGCCGACAGGAGGCGUUUCAAACCGUGUGACUCGGCGGCUGAUCCUGGGUCUGCGGCGGACGGUGGAGCAGCGGUAAAAGGCGUAGUGUAGACUGAGGAUGGCUGCUCGUCAUCCAUGUUCCUGCUGUACUUUGGAUUCUAGGAAGUGGAAGGAGCUCCUCGGCUAAGAUUUCUCCUACCAGACGAUCACGGCUGUCCAACCGGGAAAAGUGUAGAUACCAAGGACGUUUAGUGGGUCGCGUUAGCCUCUCCUCGACCUAGCGUUUCAGCGUGUGGUCUUCAGCGCUCCGAUGCCCCGGGCCGUCAGGAGAGCCAGAACCCUGGUCUGACCCAGAACCCUGGUCUGACCCAGUGCAUCUCCGCUGUCGAGAUGUUUCUGCACCCAGCGCUCUGAUUUGAAACGUGUUCCUCCUCCCAUGUCGCAGGCGUUACCGGGCAGCGACGUGUCGGACAUCAACACACUCAGGUUCCACUGAUGCCAACGGGAUCGGUGGCCGAUUUUUGGUUGACCUAACGUGCCGGUGUUUAGGAACCCGUCUGGUGAACUAAGAGGAGGACAGCGUGCCUGUGAACUGGAUGUCCCGGGUCCCGUGUGGACCGUGGGUCGGACCGGCUGACCAGGCUCCUUCCAUGCGGAGGCUCCAUCCAUGAGGAGGAGCUGAUUCGGACAGGUCACAAAUAAGAACCCCCCCCCCCCCCCCCCCCCCCCUUCCCCUUCCCCCUCACCCCUUCCUCUUCUACCCCCUCUUUUCUUCUCCCCUCUCUCCCUCUACACCUCCCUAACUCCCCCGAGCCCCGUUGGGUGGUCACCCUGAAGACGCCCCACCUCCUCCUCCUCCAGCUCCAUCAUGCUGAUCAAGGAGUACCGCAUCCCCAUGCCCAUGAGUGUGGAGGAGUACCGCAUCGCCCAGCUCUACAUGAUCCAGAAAAAGAGCCGCGAGGAGACCUGCGGCGAGGGCAGCGGCGUGGAGAUCCUGGAGAACAAGCCGUACGAGGACGGGCCGGGCGGUGCCGGCCAGUACACCCACAAGGUCUACCACAUCGGCAUGCACAUCCCCAGCUGGUUCCGCUCCAUCCUGCCGAAGGCCGCGCUGAGGGUGGAGGAGGAGUCCUGGAACGCCUACCCCUACACCCGCACCAGGUACACCUGUCCGUUUGUGGAGAAGUUCUCCAUCGACAUCGAGACGCACUACAAGCCCGAUACGGGGAACCAGCCAGACGUCUUCAACAUGGGGGCCGCUGAGAAGAGGCAGAGGACCCUGGACCCCAUCGACAUCGUCACGGACCCCGUCCCGUCCCACGAGUACAAGGCGGAGGAGGACCCCCGCCUCUACCAGUCCGCCAAGACGCAGCGGGGGCCCCUGAGGGACGACUGGAUCGAGGAGUACAACAGCGGGCCCGGCGACACCCCCGUCAUGUGUGCCUACAAGCUGUGCAAGGUGGAGUUCCGCUACUGGGGCAUGCAGUCCAAGAUCGAGCGCUUCAUCCAUGACGUAGGGCUGAGGAAGGUGAUGGUGCGGGCCCACCGGCAGGCGUGGUGCUGGCAGGACGAGUGGUACGGCCUCACCAUGGAGGACAUCCGCCAGCUGGAGCUGGAGACCCAGCUGGCGCUGGCCACCAAGAUGGCCCAGUUCAGCCAGGCGGAGGAGGCGGCGGAGGCCCACGGCGGAGCCUCCUCGCCGGGGGACGCCGAGAAGGAGGCCGGCGCCAGUGGCGGCGGCGGCGGCCCGGAGGCGGAGGAGGGGGGGGCUGGCUCCUCCGGGGACACGCUGCACGCCCGGGGCCCGCUCACCAAGCAGUGGUCCACCUCCUCCCGCUCCUCCCGCUCGUCCAAGAGAGGAGUGAGCCCGUCUCACCACAGCAUCUCUGAGUGGAGGAUGCAGAGCAUCGCCCGCGACUCGGAGGAGAGCUCGGACGACGAGGAGUUCUUCGAUGCCCACGAGGACCUAUCGGACAACGAGGACGUCUUCCCCAAGGAGAUCUCCAAGUGGAACUCCAACGACCUCAUGGACAAAAUCGAGGCCGCCGACGCAGACGGGACGUCGGGUGAACUCUUUAAGGAAAUGACAGUGGACUAUGAAAGCACCGCCAGUGAGGAGCGACUGGACGAGAUGCGUGGCCCUGUUAGAGGCCGAGCCGCUAGCUCUACCAUUCCCACCAUCACCGUUACCCGACACCAGUCAGACUGCUCGUCCCAGCAGGGUCUGCAGCCCUCUAACAUCCACGUGCUGAUUCUGGUGCUGCACGGGGGCAACAUCCUGGACACGGGCGGGGGGGAGGCCAGCAGCAAGCAGGCCGACGUCAACACGCUGAGCGGGGCCUUCGAGGGCGUGAUGCGCGUGCACUACCCCACCGCGCUGGGCCGCAUCGCCCUGCGCCUGGUGCCCUGCCCCGCCAUCUGCGCCGAGGCCUUCAGCCUGGUCUCCAAUCUGAGUCCGUACAGCUACGACGAGGGCUGUCUGUCCAGCAGCCAGGACCACAUCCCCCUGGCCGCGCUGCCCCUGCUGGCCACCUCCUCGCCCCAGUACCAGGAGGCCGUGGCCACCGUGGUGCUGCGGGCCAACCAGGUGUACGCCGACUUCCUGCGCUCGCUCAACGGAGACUCCUUCUCCGGCCAGGUGUGUCUGAUCGGGGACUGCGUGGGCGGGAUCCUGGGCUUCGACGCCCUCUGCACCAGCAACCAGACGGUGAACGAGAGCCAGAACAGCAGCCGCAGGGGGUCGGUGGUCAGCGUGCAGGACCAGGACCUGCUGUCUCCGGGCUUCAUGGUGCCCUGCGGGCAGGGCCUGAUGUCCCCCGGCCUGGAGGCCAGCCGCCACCUCAGCCGCAGCAACAUAGACAUCCCCCGCUCCGGCUCCUCCGCCUCCGAGGACACCAAGAAACCGCUGACCCGCAAGAGGAGCGACUCCGGCACCUACGAGGUGGACACCAUCAAGCAGCACCACGCCUUCCUGUCCAGCCUGCACUCCAACGUGCUGCGCAGCGACGGCGUGUCGCGGCGCUCCAGCAGCAGCACCAUGCUGGACGCCGGCGCCCUGGGGAAGUUUGAGUUCGAGGUGUCAGACUUCUUCAUGUUCGGCUCCCCCCUGGGGCUGGUGCUCGCCCUGCGGAAGACGGUCAUCCCCGUGAUGGACGUGGCCACGCUGAGGCCCGCGUGCCAGCAGGUGUACAACCUGUUCCACCCUGCGGACCCCUCGGCCUCUCGCCUGGAGCCCCUCCUGGAGAAGAAGUUCCACCUGCUGCCCCCCUUCAACGUGCCCCGCUACCAGCGCUUCCCCCUGGGCGACGGGAACUCCGCCCUAUUGGUGGAGACAGUGCAGAGCAACGCCCCCCUGCUGCUCGACCCUGCCCCUCCCCUGGCGCUGCGCUACCCGGAGACCAUCAGCGAGACCUGCUUCCCCGUGCCGCUGCUCCACUGGCCGGACGGGCCCCCCAGGGCCCCGCCCGCCACCCUGGAGUCGGAUGUUGUUCAGUCUCAUGGUGGUGUCUUCAUGGACAGUUCGAACCCCACCUCCCCCGUACCGGGCCCCCACUCCAGGGGCCUGCGGCGGGCCAGUGAGGUCAGCAUGGCCAGCCAGGUGUCAGGGAUGGCAGACAGUUACACUGCCACCAACAUAGCCAACAAACGCUCGAGCCAAACUAACCAAUCCAAAAGGUAUAGCCUGUUGUCCCAACUCGCCCUCUCGUCGCAAUUCUUCCUGAGGAGUCCGCCCAAGACACGUAGGAGGGACCGGCUCCAAGGCCCCCCAGACCCGGACCCGGCUCCGGGUCGGGCCCCUCCCCCAGAGCCUGGUGAGGAGGGCUGCGCGGGCUGGGGCCCCAGCAGCCUGUGUGAGUCGUGUCCCUCCGUGGGGCUGGACCACGCCUUCUCGGACCUGGUCUCCCUGGACUCCCAGGCCGAGGUGGACCAAGUCGCAGCGCGCUGGUGGGGCACAAAGCGGAUGGACUUUGCGCUGUACUGUCCGGACGCGCUCACGGCUUUCCCCACGGUGGCGCUGCCGCACCUCUUCCACGCCUCCUACUGGGAGUCCACCGACGUGGUGUCCUUCCUGCUGCGGCAGGUCAUGAGACACGAGAACUCCAGUAUCCUGGAGCUGGACGGGAAGGAGGUGUCAGAGUUCACCCCGUCCAAACCCCGGGAGAAGUGGCUCCGCAAGAGGACCCACGUCAAGAUCCGGAACGUGACGGCCAACCACCGCUUGAGCGACGCCGUUUUCACGGAGGGCGGCCAGCAACUGCUGUCUGGUCGCUUCAUGUACGGCCCGCUGGACAUGGUCACCCUGACCGGGGAGAAGGUGGACCUCCACGUCAUGACGCAGCCCCCCUCCGGGGAGUGGGUGCACUUCGACACGGAGGUGACCAACAGCAGCGGGCGCGUCUCCUUCCUGCUGCCUGAGGACCGGCGCCUGGGGGUGGGGGUCUACCCCAUCAAGAUGGUGGUCCGAGGGGACCACACCUUUGCAGACAGCUACCUGACGGUGUUGCCGCGGGGGACAGAGUUUGUGGUGUUCAGCAUCGACGGCUCGUUCGCGGCCAGCGUCUCCAUCAUGGGCAGCGACCCCAAAGUGCGGGCGGGGGCGGUGGACGUGGUCCGGCACUGGCAGGACCUGGGCUUCCUGAUCAUCUACGUGACGGGGCGGCCCGACAUGCAGAAGCAGCGCGUGGUGGCCUGGCUCUCCCAGCACAACUUCCCCCAUGGCAUCGUGUCCUUCUGCGACGGCCUGGUCCACGACCCGCUCAGACACAAGGCCAACUUCCUCAAGUCCCUCACCGAGGCUAACAUGAAGAUAUUCGCUGGCUACGGUUCAACCAAAGACAUCUCGGUGUACACAGCCAUCGGCCUGGGCCCCUCCCAGAUCUACAUCGUGGGCCGCCCCUCCAAGAAGAUGCAGCAGCAGUGCCAGUUCAUCACGGAGGGCUACGCCGCCCACCUGUCCCAGCUGGAGUACCACCGGCACCGCGCCGCGCGGCCGGCCAAGGCCAGCGGCAGCGCCCGCAUGGUGCUGCGCAAGGGCAGCUUCGGCCUGGGCGCCAGCAGCGACUUCCUGCGGAAGAGGAACCACCUGCUGCGCACCAUCUCGGCCCAGCCCACGCCCAGCGCCCCCGCCGUGGCCCCGCCCGCCACCAGCCCCAGCGGCCGGCCCGAGCGCACGCAGAGCCAGUCGGACGGCGAGCGGCGGGAGCGGCUGGAGAGGGCCCCCGACCAGGGGCCAGGGCUGGGCCCCGGGGGGCGCAGCAUGAGCAUCACGGCCAACUGCUGGGGCCGCUCCAAGAUGGAGCCCGCGCUCUUCAACCCCAAGUGAGGCUGACGAGCGCGGGGUUCUGCGGUCGCUUCCCUGGACCACGUGGAAGGAACCGCUUCUUAUAAAGGGGGGCCUCGACGAGUCACCAUUUUAGGACACGCAAAGAUUUUUUUUUUUUAUAUGAUGUGUUCUUUUAUUAAGAUGGGAUCAAACGCUGGCUCGCACCGGAUUGAGUGGACGACUGUCGGUGCUACAGACUGUUUUUUAAAACGAUCCCUACUUUUAUCAACCAAUCGCAACUUUUUUUUUUCAAAGAAAAUGAGGCAUUUAGAUAUUUUUCCAAAAAUAACUUUAUUUAGCAAGAACUUGUCCAAUAUCAGAUCUCCCAAAGUGAAGGUCCUGGCAUUUAUCUACUUGUAAACUACUGAGUAUAUAUUUAUGUGUCUUUAAUACAACAUGGCCACCCAGCAGUGUGCCGUCUUACAACAAGGAACGGGUUGAUGAAGACCGGCUUCCCUGGUGGCCGGCGGCUGAACUGAUCCUCCCCCCCCUCCCCUGCUGAGGCUGACGGCUCGCAGCCUGCUAGUAACAUUAAGCUCUGCUAUAAAUGAAGUGCUAUUUAAGGACGGGCCUCGUAUGUCCUGGCAGAUGAUCCUGACCUCCAGGAAGUGGACUGGUUCUUUUCCUGGUAAUAUCCUCCAUCCAACCACACGACUUCUAGCCAUCGUUGGUAGAGAUUGUGAACAUUUAGGCACUUUACCGAUUUAGUGUGCUGUCAGUUAUUUUAGUUAUUUAGCAAUGAUUUUAAAGGAUUUAAUGUAAUAUCCUGCUGGCAAAUAUUAUUGAAAACAAUGGCAGCAAUGUCAAGCGUUGCUGGCAUUUGUACUUUUAUGGCCACAGAAACAAUCUAUGCAUUUACGUUCUUCCCUGUUUUACUGACUCCUCCCAGACUCAGGAUACUCUGAACAUAAGGGGGAGAAAAGAUUGAGAAAACCACUGAAUUUGACCCUUAGACUAAGGUGACAGUUGAGUGUUCCUGGUUUCUGGUGGUGUUUCGACAUGUUGCAGUGCGACAGUGUGAGUGAUGGGGCCGACCUGUCACUGCUCCACUGCUCCAGUGGUCCACUGCUGUGGGGUUGUGCCAAAUCCAAAAGCUGGAGAGCGAUCCGCUGUAUGUGUCUCCAGAGCUGAGCCCACAGGGCCUGUAAAUAGUGUUCUGUCACGCUGUUUUGGAGCGUACAUCUGGUUGCUGGAUCCUCUUAGGGACUCAAGUGUCGUCCGGACCAAACGGCACCUAUUCAGUACACCUUACAUUUUAAUUAUUGCUAUUUAAAUGAAAACAGAUCUUCAAGCAAACAGAUUUUAUGGGGAGGGUGUUUUCAGUUUAUUUUAGCUGGUUUAUUGUGAUUCAUUGUAGACAUUUUUUCUGUACUUAAUUUGCAGUAGCCAAUACUAAUGUCUCUGCCUGGCACAGUAUUGUCCCUGUAAUAUCUGGGUUAUGCUUUCCAAUCACCAGAAUUGCAUUAAUGGUAUAGUAUAGUAUAGCGUAUGACUAUUCCGAUUAUUUUGGAAAUGUCAAAGUAUGGUCAUCCUGUUGGUAUUCCUACGCUGUAAAUGAGGCAAUGAAUGUGUUUCUAGAUACUUUUUAGGUUAAGGUUGCUCUGACAAUUGCAACAUCUUCACAGCAAAUUGGCGAGUUGUAAAAUUCUGUACAAUAUGCUUCAAAGUUUUAAAUUCAACAGGGUUUAGAGUUCAUGCUGUGCCGUUUGGUCUAAGUGGUAAAACCUUCUUUCGGUUUAAUCGUUCAAACUCUGUACAAUGAGCCGCUCUGAGGGCAUAGAGCAAACGUUGGCAGAAAUGUGCAAUACUCUCCUCUCCACACCACAGAGACGGCCCUGCUUAGAAUGUGAAGAUGCUUUGACAAUCAGGUGAAGGCCCAGAUCUAAAGAUAGUCCCUGGGCAGGCACGGGCUGGCUGAUCUGUCAGGUGACGUGUGGAGGUUUCUGAUUGGUCACGCAGGGGGUCAGAUGAGUCAUCUUCUCAGACCGAUUGGACAGACAGAUUUAACUCAACACAUGGAAGGAAGGACAUUGACAAAAGAUGAUUACAAAAAGCUAAGGCCCAGACUAUUGUUUGUCUAGAAGGUUAAGACUUAAUUUGCAACAUUGACUACCACAACGUUGCCUCUAUCUGUGGAUGGUACGCCGUACCAGAGCCUGUUGGAGAGAAUAUCUGUUUACUGUGUCAAAAUCGUGAAAAAUACAUCCUAAUUUACUUCAAAGCACAGAACUGUUAUUACAACAAGUGUAAAAAAAACACCAUUUGAGAUGGCGUUAGAAGACUGCGUUCUUCCAUACAUGUAAAUAACUACCCAGUGGGAGCGCUCUCCUACUCUUAAUGUAUGCAACACUCUUAUGACCCUGGUUGUUGGAGAUGUAUUUGCUCAUCAACUAAAAGUCCAGAAUAGGCAACGUUGAAUAAAAAUUGUCACUGCUACUAAAGAUCACCCAUCAUGUACACAUUUGAUCGAGAAAAUUAAAGUCUGUAUAAUAUGUGCACUCAAGCCAAGCGUCUGGGCAGUCCGUUCUGGUUCUGCUACAGACACAGAAAAUAACAGCCUUUAUGUUCCCUCUCCCUGCCUUACAACCCCCCUCCUAACCGGGUCUGGGUUAUCCAAGCUGCUUCACCAGUAGUAUUUUAAGGUGACCUUGUGGACAGGGUGCAGAACAUCAAUGCACCUAUAGUAAAACGAGGACACGUUACUUUACCAGAAAACUGGAUGUUUCAGUUAAUGUAAAACAAGGUAAAAAUAUAUUGUCUAUUUUUAACAUGUUGAGAGGAUAUGCUAGCUUACAAAACAAGGGGUUUCAUUAAUCCGAAGAACUAUUUUUAACUUGAUAAUAUAACAUCCAAUAGUCUGACCAUGUUCUGCCACUCCUAGUGCACAGAUGGCUUACACGCUGAGAUGUAAAUACAAUGCAUUUGUAAAAGCUUGGGAAAUAUUUUCAUUGCACAAGCAGUUUUUUUUUGGUUUUGGAUACCUUGAUUUUAUCCAUUCCCAUGUUUGUAUGUACAAUGUGUAAAUAACAUGAACUACUAAAGAAAUAUUGUCUUUUUUGGGCAUCCCUUCA